GAGUCGGCGCAAGAUGGCGGCGGGAGGGGCCCAGGCUGCGGCUCUGGCCGCCGAGUGAGGGGCGGGGGGGCCCGGGGGCGCGCGGCCCGAGACCCCCCCGGCCGCCCUCCUCCUUCCCUUGUUCCUGUGGCUGGGGGGGUACCCCCUCCCUCCACGCCAUGGAGCCAUCUCCUCUCUCUCCCAGUGGGGCAGCACUCCCCCUGCCUCUGUCACUGGCCCCACCCCCACUGCCCCUGCCUGCAGCUGCAGUGGUCCACGUGUCCUUCCCUGAGGUGACCAGUGCCCUUCUGGAGUCCCUCAAUCAGCAGCGGCUACAGGGCCAGCUCUGCGAUGUGUCCAUCCGAGUGCAGGGCCGGGAGUUCAGGGCUCAUCGUGCUGUCCUGGCUGCCUCCUCCCCUUACUUCCACGACCAGGUUUUACUCAAGGGCAUGACCUCCAUCUCUCUGCCCAGCGUCAUGGACCCGGGCGCCUUCGAGACUGUCUUGGCUUCCGCUUACACUGGUCGCCUCAGCAUGGCUGCUGCUGACAUUGUCAACUUCCUCACAGUGGGGUCGGUGCUCCAAAUGUGGCACAUCGUGGAUAAGUGCACUGAACUCCUCCGCGAAGGCCGGGCCUCAGCCACCACCACCACCAUCACCACUGCUGCUGCCACUUCUGCCACUGUCCCUGGUGCUGGGGUCCCAUCGGGGAGUGGGGCCACUGUGGCCCCUGCCACCAUGGGCUCUGUGCGCUCCCAUGCCUCCAGCCGAGCCAGUGAGAAUCAGUCCCCCAGCAGCAGCAACUACUUCAGCCCCCGAGAGUCCACUGAUUUCUCAUCUUCUUCCCAAGAGGCAUUUGCAGCUUCUGCAGUGGGCAGUGGGGAACGUCGAGGAGGUGGCCCUGUAUUCCCAGCCCCUGUGGUUGGCAGUGGCGGAGCUACCUCUGGGAAGCUGCUGCUGGAGGCAGAUGAGCUCUGCGAUGAUGGGGAUGGGAGAGGUGCUGUGGUCCCUGGGGGUGGGCUCCGGCGGCCCACCUAUGCACCCCCUAGCAUCAUGCCACAGAAACACUGGGUAUAUGUGAAGCGGGGUGGAAACAGCCCAGCACCGGCACCCCUCGUUCCCCAAGACCCAGAUCUGGAAGAGGAUGAGGAGGAAGAAGACCUGGUGUUGACCUGUGAGGAUGAUGAAGAUGAAGAGCUCGGGGGUGGCUCCAGGGUUCCUGAGGCUGGAGGACCAGAGGCUACCCUUAGCAUAAGUGAUGUCCGGACCCUGACUGAGCCUCCGGACAAGGGAGAGGAGCAGGUCAAUUUCUGUGAGUCCUCCAAUGACUUUGGCUCCUAUGAGGGUGGGGGUCCUGGGGCGGGGCUUGAUGAUUCCGGGGGGCCAACCCCUUCCUCCUAUGCCCCCUCCCACCCUCCGAGGCCCCUGCUUCCCUUGGACAUGCAGGGCAACCAGAUCCUGGUCUUCCCAUCGUCUUCAUCCUCCUCCUCCUCCUCCUCCUCCUCACAGGCCCCAGGCCAGCCACCAGGGAACCAAGCUGAACACGGGGCGGUGACCCUGGGGGGCACCUCAGCAGGGAGCCUGGGCAUGCCGGGUGGUGCUGGGGGGACCCCUGGAGGGGCAGGCAGUGGGGAUGGGAAUAAGAUCUUUUUGUGCCACUGUGGGAAGGCCUUCUCCCACAAGAGCAUGCGAGAUCGGCAUGUGAACAUGCACCUCAACCUGCGGCCCUUUGACUGCCCCGUGUGCAACAAAAAGUUUAAGAUGAAGCACCACCUGACCGAGCACAUGAAGACACACACAGGUCUGAAACCCUACGAGUGUGGCGUCUGCGCCAAGAAGUUCAUGUGGCGAGACAGCUUCAUGCGCCACCGGGGACACUGUGAGCGCCGGCACCGCCUGGGCGGGGGCGGACCCGGACCCGGAGGGCCCGCUGGGCCAGCCCUGCCGCCCAAGAGAGAGUCUCCUGGAGUGGGUGGGGGCAGCGGCGACGAGGCGAGUGGGGCCACGCCCCAGUCCAGCCGAAGGGUCUGGUCCCCACCCAGUGUCCACAAGGUGGAGAUGGGCUUUGGUGGAGGAGGAGGAACAAACUGAAGGGGGGGCUCCUGGAGGCAGCUUUCGGGGAAGAGGAAACCGGGAGCACCAGCCAGGGGCGCUGUGGCCCUCAGGUGAUCUCCCACCACGCUUACUGUCUUCCUUAUCUCUACCGGACUUGUAUAUAUUUUGGAGGGGGAACAAUGUUGCACCAUCGGCCACCCCAUUCCAUCCCUCAGCCCCUCUCCCACAAAGUAUCCCUGGAACUAAGUCCUUCCUUUCCCUCAGCUCCAGACUGGGGCGCAUAUGGUGGUGGGGGGAGGGAAAGGGGCUAUGGAGCAUCCUGGAGUCACAGGGUCAAGGGUCAGGUGGUUGUAGUCUGUACCUGAAGUCUGUGUUUGUGUUGUUGUGGGGACCAGGUUUUGAGCCCCACCCUUGUCCUAGAACCUACCCCACCCCGCUAAGGACGUGCCCUUUAUUUCCACCCUAAUCCCUUCUAUCUCUCCUUGGGGGACCUCCAACUGGAUUCUCAUUGAGGAGGGAGUGAAGACAAGGAGGGAAUAUAAAUCGUAAGAAUACAAGGUUUUUAUUUUAAAUCUUAUUUUUUUUAAAAUGGUGAUUAAAAUAUUUAUUGGUCAUUUCA